AUGUUCCCAAAUUCCUUUAGCUUGUGUCAUCCACCCUUCCCUCCAACACAACGAAGUAAUGUCUUUGAUAAGCUUCCUCUAACUACACCAGAUACUCUUCCCUCUCACCAGCAAAUUAUUGAUGCUCAGUUUAACUUCCAGAAUGCAGCGCCUCUUUUGAGUGGGAACCUUGCAACUACUUCAGCUGUUACCCCACAGCCAGUGACUUACGGAAAUGGCUGUCCAGUACAUACAUCUGAUGCCCUCACAUCAUUCAGAGGAAGAAAGAGACAAAGCGAACAGAGUGUUCCACAUGAUGUCAAACGGCAGCGGUUUCAUUCACCUCAUUCUCAAACAACUGUAGUUAACCAGGCAGUGCCUUUACUGGAAGAACGUAGAUACUCCUUCCCAGGAUCAGUUCAGUCUCCACCGUUCCAUGCGCUUUACAUGCCCUGUUUAACUGGUUGUGUUCCUCAGUUGCAAGAUACUUUAUUUCCAGACCCUAUAAAAACAACGCUCCCUGUGGCCAAAGAUAAGUUAAGUCAGCAGGUUUUGGACUUCUUUCAAGCAUGUCAGCAACAGACCUGUGAUUUGAACAGAAAAGAGCUCUGUAGAAUACAACUCCAGAGAGAAAUUCAGCGAAUUUUUCCACAGAGUAGACUCUUUUUGGUUGGCUCCACACUGAAUGGGUUUGGCACUCGUAGCAGUGAUGGUGACUUGUGCCUGGUGCUUAAGGAAGAACCAGUAAAUCAGAAGACUGAAGCAAGGCAUGUACUCAGCUUAAUCCAAAAACUCUUCAGUACUAAACUUUCAAGCUACAUUGAGCGACCUCAGCUGAUUCGAGCCAAAGUGCCAAUAGUGAAGUUCAGGGAUAAAGUCAGCUGUGUGGAGUUUGACUUGAAUGUAAACAAUACUGUAGGAAUAAGAAAUACAUUCCUUCUGAGAACCUAUGCAUACAUUGAGAAUCGAGUUCGUCCUUUAGUACUUGUUAUUAAGAAGUGGGCGAGUUUCCAUGAGAUAAAUGAUGCCAGUCGUGGUACUUUAAGCAGCUAUAGUCUUGUGUUGAUGGUUUUGCACUAUUUACAGA